AUGGCGAAGAAGUCGGUCAACCAGGAGGCAGACGCUGGUGUUGAGGGAUUCGAGUUCAUCGAAACCCCGGCGGCGUCGUGCGUCAGCCCUAAUGUUGAGCCAUGCGGCGUCAGGACGACAGAGUAUCCUGCGAUCAAAAACGCUCCUCUACCCGCUGAUGCAGCUGGUUCUGACUCGUUCUCCAACACUCUUCUCAUCUCCCUGCUUGUCCUGAUACCUGCGUACCUUGCCCGCCAGCUCUCUGGAGGGCUAUGGACCACCCUCUUCCUCGCCGUCUUUACGACCAUCCCUAUUCUCAUGGUCUACUGGACCGUUGCAUCUACCAUCUCUCCACGCAAGAAUGAGAAGGCCAAAUACCCUGGCCGUCCUGUCGAGCAUUAUCUGAACUUCCUUAGCGAGCAUGACCGUGCCAAGUACCAUGGCAAGUCCAAGGUGCCCAUGGAGACGUUCCAUGAGAUGUACUUUGAUGGGCAGGUGGACUUCAAGGGCGAUGCAUUGGAGAUGUUGGAGUACAGACAUGACUGGGCUCAGUUCAGGUUUACCUGGAGCUUGUUCAAGUAUUUCUUGACCGGCAUGAUGCCAGAGGUUAUCAUGCAUACCAGGAGCCAGGAUGAGGAGCAAGUUCGUGGACAUUAUGACCGUGGUGACGAUUUCUACGGUUGGUUCCUCGGCCCACGUAUGAUCUACACCUCUGGUAUAAUCGGCAAUAUCAACGAGGAGGAAUCUCUCGAGCAGCUCCAGGACAACAAGCUCGCUAUUGUAUGUGAGAAGAUCGGCCUCAAGCCCGGCGACACCGUGCUCGACCUUGGUUGCGGAUGGGGUACUCUCGCCAAAUACGCCUCCGUCCACUAUGGCGCUCAUGUCACCGGUAUCACCCUUGGUCGCAACCAGACUGCCUGGGGUAACAAAGGUCUCCGCAAGUCCGGCAUCGAAGAGUCCCAAUCCCGCAUUCUAUGCAUGGACUACCGUGACGCCCCCAGCGUGCCCGGCGGAUACAAGAAAAUCACCUGUCUCGAGAUGGCCGAGCACGUCGGUGUCCGACACUUCUCCAGCUUCCUUCGACAGGUGUAUGACAUGCUUGAUGACGAUGGUGUCUUCUUCCUCCAGAUCGCCGGUCUACGUAAAUCAUGGCAGUACGAGGAUCUCAUCUGGGGUCUGUUCAUGAACAAGUACAUCUUCCCUGGUGCUGACGCCAGUACCCCGCUUGGCUUCGUUACCGAGCGUCUUGAGGGUGCCGGCUUCGAGAUCAAGGGCAUCGAUACCGUUGGUGUACACUACUCUGCCACGCUCUGGAGAUGGUAUAGGAACUGGAUGGGCAACAGGGAGAAGGUCGAGGCCAAGUAUGGCAAGAAGUGGUUCCGCAUCUGGGAAUACUUCCUCGCUUACUCUACCAUCACCUCCCGUCAAGGAGGUGCUACCUGCUGGCAAAUCACCAUGGUCAAGAACAUCAACUCUACCCACCGUGUCGAGGGUAUCCCAACCCAGUUCGGCCUCACCGGUGCCCGUGAAGCUAGCAUCCAGCGCGUCGGCGGAGGAAAGCUGCUGACUGCUGACGUUGAGAAGGAGUAA